AUGAUGCCCCCCUUAGCCUCUCUAGGCCCCGAUUGGCUGCAGCAGCCAAGCCAGCCGGCCUCGAGGGGCCCCCGCCCGCAGCUCCCCGCAGCAGGGGGGCCCCGGGGGGCCCCCAAGGGGGUCCCUGGGGUCCCCCCGGCUCCCCUGGCAGCUGAACCCUCUAGGGGGCCCCCCGAGGGCCCCCAGGGGGGCCCCCUGGACCCAAACCUCUUCAGCCCCAAGUGGCUGCCAAGUUGGGUCCGCAGGCAGCUGCUGCAGCGGGCGAGUGCCCGCGACUGGCCGCCGUGCUGCCCUGUGUGCACUGCGCGCUGCAAGCAGCAGCAGCAAAUGCAGCAGCGGCAGCAGCAGCAGCAGCAGCUGUACAGGAGGUAUACAGCUGCUGUCUGCAGCAGGAGUAGACUGGAAGCUUCGCCUGCUGCUGCGACUUCUGCAAGGCGGGGCAGUCGGCUGCGUUCCCCCGAUGCCGCGAGCUUGCCUGCUGCAGUAGCAGCAGCAGCUGCUGCUGCUCCUGCUGCUGCUGCUGCUGCUGACGCCCGCAGGGACGCCCUGCUUGGGCGAUCCCGACUGGGCGUCGGAGGCAGCGAAGAGCUCCUGCAGGAUCGCCAGAGUCAUGUGCCUCUUUCCACGGGCCUCACGCCAGGCCUUGAAAGACUGCACGUACGGCGCAUGUCCCCUAAGAAACUUCGGCAGCAACAGCAGCAGCAGCAGCAGCAGCAGCAUUCAGCUCUUCCUGCUGCUGCAGCAGGCGCAGUUGCCCCCCUCUUCAUGGCUUCUGCUGCAGCGCUGCGUCACUCAGAGCCCAGCGGCAGCCGGCUGCGUUCCCCCGCGUUCGGCCGCUGCAGCUGCUCUCCGCGCCCCCAGAAGCAGCAGCAGCAGCAGCAGCAGCAGCAGCAGCGCAUCGGGGCCCUGGAUUCCUACGUGUGGAUGCUGGCCUUCGACCCCAGAGACCUUCCCCGUCUUCGGGCUGUCAAUUCUGAGGGCCGCAGAUUCGCGCAAGAGGCCCUCAGCCGCAUGCAGCAGGCGCUGCAGCUGCUGCAGCUGCUGCAGGACCCUGCAGCAGCAGAGCGGCCCCUGGGGGGCCCCCCUGUACAGCAGAAGGCCCGCAGCGCCCAAGGGGGGCCCCCAAGGCCUGAGGCUCUCAGGCCGUGGCUGCUCGAUGCGGCUCUGUUUGGCUGGCAGCAGUCGUUCAACAGCGAAGUGCAGCAGCAGCAGCAGCAGCAGCAGCAGCAGAAAAGGCCGAACCUGCUCGAAACAGGCUGUUGCGAGUGGGCUGCUUGGCGGGAGCGAGAGAGUAGCAGAGAUGGAGCAGCAGCAGCAUCGGCGGCUGCAGCAGCGGGCGACCCGCAAGCAGCAGCAGCAGCAGCAACAGCGACUGCACCAUGGGCUGCUGCUGCUGCAGGGUACGAGAGAAUUUCUCCUGCUGCUGCUGCGCUGCUGGCGACGCAGCGGCGGCCUGUUGUGCUGGCGGGGCGCAUAGGUACUGCAGAGGUGAAGGGGCAGUGGGUGGAGUACUGCGAAGCCACAGUGCUGCUGCUUCCUUGCAGCAGCAGCAGCAGCAGCAAGUGCAGCAAGUGCAGCAAGUGCUGCGACGCGCUGGCAGGCAUUCCAUUCAUGCCGGAUCUCCAGCAUCGCAUUCAGGUGUAUUUUCGGCGGCACUGCCAGCAUCUAGGUAGCCAGCUGCUGCAGCACGGGCAGCAGCAGCAGCACAAAAUGCUGCUGCUGCUGCCGCCAAAAGGAGUAGAGGAGCUCCUGAGCGGAGAGAAAAGCGCCCAGUCAGACGCCGCUGCUGCAGCUGCCUUUGUAGACGCGUGCGAGAAACAGCGACAGCGCGAGAGGCUGCAGCAGCAGCAGCAGCAGCAGCAAAAGCAGCAGCAGCAACAACAGCAGCAGCAACAGCAGCAGCAGCAACAGCAGCAGGAGCAACAGCAGCGCAGCCUGCUAGAGGUACUGUCCGACUGCAGCCGUUGUGUGGUGUACGAGAUGAUGGCCUCGCGUCCUGUGCAGCAGGGUUCUGCGCCCGCCUCAGCAGCAGCAGCAGCAGCUGCUGCUGCUGCUGCUGCUGCACGGACAGGCUUCCGCGUCUCGCAUGGAAGCCGCACCUCCGUCACCAUCAGACAGUCAAUCCUGCCUGCUGCUGACAGUGAGGCGCAGCAGCAGCAGCAGCUGCUGCAGCAGCAGCAAGACGAUCUCAGCGGCGCGGGGCUGCAGCAGGAGACAGUUCUCUCGCUGUGGAGGACCCCAUCAGAGGCUCUGCUGCGGGAACAGAGGCAGCACCAGCAGCAGCUGCGCCUCAGCAGCAGCAGCACCGGGAAUAUCGGCAGCAGCAGCAACGGCAGCAGCAGCAGGGGCCACUGCGCCUUCCGGCGGCCCUCAACUAUUUACCCGCCUCUCUUCAGACGCAGCAGCAGCACCCUUGGCCGUCAGGGCAGCAGCAGCAGCAGCUUGGCCGUGCUAGCAACUCCCAGCUUGCUGUUAGCGCCUGAGCAGCAGCAACAGCAGCAGCAGCAGCAGCAGCAGCAAAGACGGCGCCGCACUGCCAUUGACUUCGGGCUGGCUGACCUGCGCGAAGCCACUGUGCAGCUGCGUGGAUAUCCCGCAGGAGAAUCUUUCUCCGCAGCUUUCCAGCAGCAGCAGCAACAGCAACAACAGCAGCAGCAACAGCGGCAGCAGCAGCAGCAGCAUCUGGCUGCAUCUGCAAGGGAGCCUGCUGCUGCAGGGCCUGCUUUUGGCGUUGGUUCACCGGAGGCACUUCAAGCAGCUCCAGCAGCGACUGCAGCAAAUUUGUUGCAGCAGCAGGAGCAGCAUGUAUCGCUGCCUCAAGAAGCAGCCGGCCCGCCUGCUGCAGCUGCAGCACCAGCCUCCGCUGCAGCUGCCUCUGCCGAAGCUCCCGCUGCUGGCGCAGCAGCUGCAGCACAGGAUGCAAAAGCGCCUGUCGCUGGGGCGCCCACAGAAACAGCAGUAGCAGCAACAGUAGCAGGCGCAACGGCCGGGCCGGCCGCUGCAGCAGCAGCAGCAGCAGCAGCAGUGGCAGCAAGGCCAGCAGCAGCAGCAACAGCAGCAGUAGCACUGGGGCAGCUAGAAGAACCCAGCGACUCUGGGGAAGAACAAGGCAUCCGAACUCCCCGUGUAGAGGAGAGUGGCUUGUCGCCGCUGCUGGGCCGUCUGAGUAUUCAGAACUUUAACUGCUGCAGCAGCAGCAGCAGCAACAGCAGCAGCCCCGCAAGGUCACCCAGCCCCUCGCAGCAAGACAAACGAAUGCGCCAGCUCAGAAACUUCGAGCGCCAGCAGCAGCGGGCACUCGAGGAAGAGUGCAGGCAAAGGGUCAGCCCUUUUGCUGCGCUGCAGCAGCAGCAGCAGCAGCAGCAAAGAAAGCAGCAGCAAGCAUCACCUGCAGCCACUUCAGCUGCCCCCAAAAUACCAACCCCUUUCCCCAACAUGCGGGCUAUACCGCAGCGCAGCGUGCAGCAUAUGCCCAGUGCUGCAGAUGCAUCACAGCAGCAGCAGCAGCAGCAGCAGGCUACGGAGUCGCCGUUUGCUUUUCUGUCAUCUUGUGCUGCUCUAGCAAGAAGGCGAAGGCCCUCAUCUGCUUUUGCGAGGGCCUCUCCGCUGGCCAGUGCUGGCGCUGGGUUUGCUGCUGUUGGUUCUGCUGCUACUGCUGCAGAUGGCAGUACAAGCAGCAGCAGCAGCAGCAGCACCAGCACCAGCAAGAUUUUCCGCCCGAGAUCUUCGGAGCUGACCCCUAUUUUGGGUCGCAUGAGUCUCGCUGAGCCCUCAGACACAGAGAGCGAUGAUAGCGGCGAGCAGCAGCAGCAGCAGCAGCAGCAGCCGCAGCCGCAGCAGCUACAACAGCAGCAGCAGCAGCAGCAGCAGCAGCAGCAGGCUAACCUUUUGGCUGCGUCUGCAGCCAACAAGCUGGCCUACACAGCAGCUAGCAGCAGCCCCCAGCCAAAGGCCAAGGCGCAGCGCCGCAGGGGUCAACCCCCCUCUGUUUCUCGACUCCCCAAGGCAGCAGCGGCCAGCAGCAGCAGCAGCAGCAGCAGCAGCAGCAGCAGCAGCAGCCAGCUCAGCAGCAACGGCGGUGCCAGCAGCAGCUCCGUUCUCAGGGGCCCCAUCAGGGCCAUCGGCAAAGGCCGUGCUGCAGCAGCGAGGCGAGAGGCCCCAUAUCGUCGCCCGUGGGCCCCCACGCGAAGGCAACAGUCUCCAACCCCCCCAACUGCUGCUGCUGCUGCUGAUGCUGAUGCUGGACAAGGUACUGCGGCUGCGCCGCGUAAGGCUGCAGCAGGCGCCGGCAGGCAGAGGCCAGCUGGAGCAGGCAGAAGUGCAGCAGCAGCAGGAGCUGCAGCAACGCAGGAGUCCGCAGCGCUAGGUAAAGCUGCAGCAUCGUCGAAAAACAGCAGCAGCAGCAGCAGCAGCAUCAGGUCCGCGGGUCGAGGCAGCAGCGCGAGAGGGGCCUCUUGUGCUUCUUCUCAGAGACAGCGGCAGCAGCUGCCGCUGCAGCACCCCCGAAGAGCAGGCUCUAGCAGCAAUCUUCUAAAAGCUGGCAGCAUCAGCAGCAGCUGCAGCAGCCUCCCAGCCAGCAGCCAGGGCUCUGCUGCUGGCAGCCGCAGCAGCCUCAGGGCCAUUGGCAUGCUGGAGCGUAAACGGAAGCAGAGCAGCAGCCGCAGCGCCAGCAGCAGCAGCAGCAGCAGCAGUGCUGGCCCCGCCUCAAAGGCCCGCCUCUGUCGCCUGCAGUCUUCCGGCUCUUCUAUCCAGAGCAGCAGCAGCAGCUCGGACCUGCUGCGCCCCAAUAGCAAGAGCAGCAGCAACAGCCGCAGCAGCAGCAGCAUCGGCAAAGCAGCAGCAGCUCACCAGCUGAGUCAGACCCCACAGCCCAGGAGGCCCCCAGGCGCCUCUGUGGCUUCUGCGCGCCACAAGCCUGCUGCUGCCACGAACACCAGAAACUUACUUGCCAGCAGCAGAAGCAGCAGCAGCAGCAGCAGCGCCGUUACCAGCAACAACAGCAGAAACAGAAGCUCCAGUGCCGCGGCCAGGAGCAGAGCUGGCGUUGCUGCUGCUGGAAAGACACAAGGCGCCACUGCUGCCCGUCGAAUGCAUUCUUUGCCCAGCAGCAGCAGCAGCAGCAGCAGCAGCAAUGGCGGUAGAAGCGUAGCAGCCAAGGCAUCUUCGAUACCAAACAAGGUAGACCGAAGCCAGAAACCGACGGCAGCAGCAGCAGCAGCAGGUCAGAACGCCAGUAGCAACUUAGAGGGGUCCCAGCCCACUCCCCGCAACACUGCCCCACGGGGGGCCCCCUAG